GCCUCUCUCUCUCAUCUUGUCAUUUGAGCGUUUAGGAUUCUUGUUGGGUUAAGAAAUUCUCAAAGAUGCAGAACGAAGAGGGUCAAAACAUGGAUCUUUACAUCCCCAGAAAAUGCUCGGCCACUAAUCGGUUGAUCACCUCGAAGGAUCAUGCCUCUGUUCAGAUUAAUGUUGGACACUUGGAUGAGCUUGGCAGAUACACUGGAACCUUCUCCACUUUUGCUCUUUGUGGCUUUGUCCGUGCCCAGGGUGAGGCUGACAGUGCGCUCGACAGACUCUGGCAGAAGAAGAAAGCUGAAGUCCGCCAGCAGUAGUGGGAUUUCCCUUUUAGAACUAAAUUGGUCUUUGAUUUUUGAGGGAAUUAAAUUCUAGUUUGUGUUUUUAAGGAUCAUGUUGAACUAGUUUUUCCGAUUUGACGAUGUUUCCUACCUUGUUAGCUUGCA